CAAUGCCACCUUACUUCUCAUGGCAGAUGCUGUGAAUACCCCUUUAAACUCCAUCUCUAUCAUUCCUUUUCUUGUAUAGAUAUCAAGACUUUUACAACCCUCUCUAACAAACGCAAAAAAAACUCAAAAGCAUUUUUGAUGUUUUCCAACUGGGUUAUUUAAGUACUUAAUAUACGGGUACUUUUGUUUGAAAGCCUUUGACAGUUUUCAUUUCAAACAUCGUAAGCUUUUAGCCGAAGAACCACCAACCAAGAUAAGCAUGGACCCCAGAUGACUGAUUGAAAAGAAAUUGGCUAAAUAUUUAAAGGUGAAAGUUGCUUUUUGCUGAAUUCUUGAUGUUUUGUCCAUGUGAUGGAUUUCCGGAAAUAUUUCCAUAUAACCCCAUACAUUAAUGAUGCAUUCCAUUUCAUAAAGACUAAAUAGAAAGGUUUCCUUGCGACACGCUACGCAUAAUUAAUGUAUGGGGUUAUAUGGAAAUCUUGCCGGAUUUCCUCCAUAUAAAAGCGAAUAGUGUUGCUGGGUUGAAUUUUGGAGUGGUUAGCUUUAACAAAAAAACGACAAAAAUAUGUAUCCAUCCCUCAAUUAAUUAAUUUGCUAAUGAUUAUUUCGAUGAUGUACUCUCGACUAUGACUUCACAAAUUCUUUGCCAUUCUAAGGCUGGGAACUAGAAAAAUGAUCCACCUUGAAUUUGCUCCUAAAUCCUCGAGUUCGUCUAGCGGAAUAUUGACUCUCAACUUAACUUUUAUUCGAAGAAGGGAAAUAGAUUCCUUGCCGUAAUCCUUCAUCGCUCCCAGCGUAUCAUCGCGGAACUUUUGUGCGCAGCCAGGCGGAGAAGAGAAAGAUUGGGGCGAGUACAAAGGUUUUUAGUGAAGGCCGUUCAAGGUGACCGAAGAAGUAUUUAUCGAGCUGAAAUGACAGCCUGAAUAUUUUUACUCUAAGUCACGAUAGGGAAGGGAAUUCUGGCUAGCACGAUGGCGUUCAGAGCGGGAAGGCAUAUUUUAAGUGCCUUUAAGCCUGUGAGCGUGUCAUCAUUUCGGCGCUUUCUUCACACGUCGAAACCAACUUCAACUUUUGCCAAAGAUCUGUUUCUGGGACGUUGCAAUAAGGAGGAAGUUUUCCCAUAUCCAGACCCAUUGAAUGAAGAACAACGAGAAACCCUUAACAUGCUUGUUGAACCAGUUGAAAAGUAUUUUGUUGAGAAAGUUGAUUCUGCCCAGAUUGACAAAACAGCUAAAAUUCCUCAAGAAGUUAUGGAAGGACUGAAAGAACUUGGUUUGUUUGGUCUGCUGAUCCCUGAAGAAUAUGGUGGCCUUGGUCUUCUAAAUACAAAUUAUGCCCGGGUUUGUGAAGCUUUCACAGAUGCUAGUAUUGCCGUGACACUGAUGGCACAUCAAUCCAUUGGUCUGAAGGGAAUUCUUCUUCUUGGAACUGAAGAGCAAAAGCAAAAAUAUUUACCAAGACUAGCUUCUGGUGAACACAUGGCUGCAUUUUGUCUUACAGAACCCUCAAGUGGAAGCGAUGCAGCAUCAAUCCAGACCAAAGCAACUUUAAGCAAGGAUGGCAAACAUUUUCUUCUCAAUGGUUCAAAGAUUUGGAUCUCUAAUGGAGGAUGGGCUGACAUAAUGACGGUCUUUGCCAGGACUACUCACACCAAUGACAAGGGUGAAAAGCAAGACAAAAUAACUGCUUUUAUUGUGGAAAGAGAAUUUGGAGGUGUGACGAGUGGAAAACCAGAGGAUAAACUUGGAAUUAGAGGCUCAAAUACAUGUGAACUCCAUUUUGACAACACUCCAAUUCCAAUUGAAAAUGUUCUUGGAACUGUUGGUGGUGGAUUUAAGGUGGCUAUGAACAUCUUGAACAGUGGCAGGUUUGGUAUCGGAGCAUGUGCUGCAGGUGGACUGAGAGGGCUGAUAGUUGCAGCAGCAGAGCAUGCCACUACAAGAAAACAAUUCAACAGGACUUUGUCAGGAUUUGGACAGAUUCAGGAGAAGUUUGCAUGUAUGGCAUUGAAACAAUAUACAAUUGAGUCCAUGGCGUACCUGACAACUGGGAUGUUGGACGGUGGUGAGGAAGACGCUUCGGUGGAGGCUGCCAUGUGCAAGGUUUGUUGUUGGAAACCCAGAUUUGACAUUUGUACAAUGAAAGCCUCCAAAGCUUUCGCUUCUGGAACAAAUGAAAUCCUUAGAAUGUACAUAGCACUUGCUGGUAUGCAACAUGCGGGGAAACACUUGCAAGCAGUGUUAAAAUACCUGAAGAACCCUUUUGGAAAUGUUGAAUUCGUGACGGACUUCGUGAAGAAUAGAGCUCUCUAUGCCUUGGGACUAAAGGGAAACCUCCAGGGAAUUGCCGAAGUUACGCAUCCACAAUUGGCGGACAGCGUCAAGAAAUUGGAAGAAAAUAUUGCUGAUUUUGGAAGGAUAUCUGAAAACUUGCUGUCCAAGUUUGGAAAGAAUAUCGUCGAAGAGCAAUUUUUGCUGAAAAGAAUGGCAGAUGUAGCCAUUAACUUGUAUGGUAUGACGGCUGUGAUCUCCAGAGCAACAAGGUCUAUCAACCGGGGCUCAUCGAGCGCCAGUCAUGAGGCACUUCUUGUGGAUACUAUAUGCAAAGAAAAAUACCAUGCCAAUCAUUCCCUCCUCAAAGAAGUCAAAUCAGGAGAGAAGAGUAAUGGAGACGAACAACUUAAGAAAAUUGCAGACGACAUUUUUAACAGUGGAGGACCAGUGGCACCUCAUGCUCUUACUGUCUGAAGACCUUAUAAUUUAUUCGAAUGUAAAUAUUUAUGUAAAUAAAUUAAUGUUAAGGUUUUAAACCGGAACGAAGACAAACUCGAAGACAAUGGAAAGAGACCCAUUGCAGGCCAAUGAAGAUAAUUGUUAUAAAAAAACUUUACGAAAUGGUCAUCGUUUUUCUGAGGUAUAAUUUUCUUUUCGUUGACCCUACAGCUAAGCUAAUAUUUUUACAGGUAUGAAAGAGGACUCUAUCUCAACGAACUGUAUGUUAUUGUUGCGCCCUUAGAAAUGCGUAGUAUUAACCCUUUAAUUUCUCAAGAUCUGAUUGAUAAUUCUCCCCUCUGGCUGCUACGCAUUUCCUUGUAAAUGAGUC